AUGAAAACUACCACCUGUGAUGAGGAAUAUGAACAAUCUAUCUAUCUAUCUAUCUAUCUAUCUAUCUAUCUAUCUAUCUAUCUAUCUAUCUAUCUAUUUCUGUGCAUAUCUAUGUCUGUUUAUAUCUAUCUAUCUAUGUAUCUAUCUAUCUAUCUGUCUAUCUAUCUAUCUAUCUAUUUCUGUUUAUAUCUAUGUCUGUUUAUCUAUCUAUCUAUCUAUUUCUGUAUAUAUCUAUGUCUAUUUAUAUCUAUCUAUCUAUCUAUCUAUCUAUGUAUUUCUGUGCAUAUCUAUGUCUGUUUAUAUCUAUCUAUCUAUGUAUCUAUCUAUUUCUGUGCAUAUCUAUGUCUGUUUAUAUCUAUCUAUCUAUCUAUCUAUCUAUCUAUUUAUGUAUUUCUGUGUAUAUCUAUGUCUGUUUAUAUCUAUCUAUCUAUCUAUUUCUGUUCUUAUCUCUCCCAUUCCUUUUCUCUGAUUGCUUUUCGCUCCAUACGCUUUUUACCUACUGGUACUUUCACUUUUUGUCAACUUUUUCUCUCUUCAUCAGUUACUUUCCUGGUACUCUCCGGGGAAGUAUAA